CUACCUUCCUCAGCUCACACUCGAAACUGGCAGCAACCUGCGCCUUAGCAAAAAACAAGAAAAAAACAAGAAGACGAAGAAGAAGUCUGUUAGCAGGGCCGCUUUAAACAGGCUUAAUGCUGCGAUGAGGAGGCCCCUGUCAUGACAGCUUAUGUGGAGAUGUCUGGGAAAUCACCGCCUGCUGGACAACAGCAGGUGUCAAGACGUCACUCUGAAGUACCCAAUGAGGAUGCGGGCACAGUGAAGAUCCUCAAAGUGUGCUUCAUUAGCAACAGCUCCAACCUAGGCAAAAACUUUAAGCUUGUAAAAUGUGACAGCACAUGGGAAAUCAGGGCCAUUAUUCAGUCUAUCUUGGAAAGUGGACGGCUUGGUCCAAACAUCAAGAUCCCUGGCUGCUAUGGAUUGCGGCUAAAACACCUCAAAUCAGAUGAAGUGCACUGGCUCCACCCUAAUCUGACGGUGGGUGAGAUGGAGAAGAAGUAUGAGCAGCAGCAUGUUGAGGCAGAGUGGAGGUAUGACCUGAGAAUCCGAUAUAUCCCUGCUGAUUUCUUGGAGAAGUUAAAAGAAGACAGAACCACCAUGCUCUAUUUCUACCAGCAGGUUCGCAGUGACUACAUGCAGCACUGUGCCAGUAAAGUCAGUGAUGGGAUGGCCUUACAGUUGGGCUGCCUGGAGAUCAGGAGAUUUUAUAAAGAUAUGAAUGCCAGCGGAUUGGAGAAAAAAUCAAAUUUCGAAUUUUUGGAGAAAGAUGUGGGCCUUGAGUUGUUCUUUCCCCAAGAACUAAUCAACAGCAUGAAGCCAAAGCAACUCAGGAAAUUGAUCCAGCAAACAUUCCAGCAGUACUCAUCUCUAAAGGAGGACCAGUGCAUUAUGAAGUUCUUUGAGACUUUCUCAGUCUUCUCCAGUUUUGAUGAGGAAGUUUACCCUUGUGAGCUGGUGCAAGGAUGGAGUUUGGCUGUAGACCUUGUAAUUGGGCCUAAAGGCAUUUGUCAGCGCACUGACAAAAAUUCAGUGCCUGUCUGCCUAGCUGUUUUCUCACAAGUUCAAAGCAUCAAAUGCUCCCUUCAGAAUGAUGGAAAGGGUAUGUUACAUGUGGACAUAAAAGGAGCUAAGCAGCCUUUGACAGUCAACACAGCCUCAUUAGCAACUGCAGAGAACAUGGCGGACUUGAUCGAUGGUUAUUGUCGUUUAGAGAGUGGAAAGGACAUCUCUUUGUUGGUGAGACAAAAUAAAGAAGCUAGAAUUUCUCUACCUCCACUUCCCAAAAGUAGAAGUAAAGAAGGUACCUCUUCCUGUGGAAUGAACUCAGAUAUCUACGCAGAGAUACCAGAUGAAAAGCCAGACGCAACAGACAGGUACAGCAUUUCCCGAGAUGACAUCGUCCUUGGCCGGAUCCUGGGCGAAGGCUUCUUUGGAGAGGUGAAUGAAGGUGUUUACAAAAGCAAGACAGGGGAAAGAGUGAGUGUUGCAGUGAAGACAUGCAAGGACUGCGCAGCUGAUGUCAAAGAAAAGUUCAUGAGUGAGGCUGUAAUCAUGAAGAAGCUUGACCAUCCUCAUAUUGUGCGACUGAUUGGGAUUAUUGAGAAGGAUCCAGUGUGGAUUGUAAUGGAGCUUUACCAGCAUGGAGAGCUAGGACAUUACCUGAUCGAGAACCAGCACAAACUGACCAAUGUUACGCUCAUCCUGUACAGCCUACAGAUCUGCAAAGCCCUUGCUUAUCUGGAGGGUGUGAAUAUGGUACACAGAGAUAUUGCCGUAAGAAAUGUGUUGGUUGCUAAACCAGACUGUGUGAAGCUGGGUGACUUCGGCUUAUCCAGAUACAUAGAAGAGGAAGAAUACUACAAAGCCUCCGUGAGUCGAUUGCCUAUCAAAUGGAUGGCUCCUGAGUCCAUCAAUUUCAGACGAUUUACCUCAGCUAGUGAUGUCUGGAUGUUUGCCGUGUGUAUGUGGGAGAUCAUGAGUUGGGGUCAGCAGCCUUUCUUCUGGCUGGAAAACAAGGAUGUCAUCAACCAGCUGGAGCAGGGUGUGCGGCUGCCUAAACCUGAGCUGUGUCCUCCCACUCUUUACUCACUCAUGACCCGCUGUUGGACCUACGACCCCAGUGAGAGACCCCGCUUCACCACACUAGUGUGCAAUCUGAGCGAUGUUCACAAAAUAGAACAGGAGCAGGAAGUGGAGCAGCAGAGGGACAGAGCCCGUACUAUAAGGACAUCUUUCGCUGAGCCUCCACCCAAACCAUCAAGACAGAGACAGUUACCCACAAAUUUGAACACUAUUGGCCCAGGGUUACAGAUUCAGCUGCCCCCGUAUCUCUGUGCUAGUACACCUGCCCUUGCUAGGCCACCAGGUUUCCAAUCAACUCCUAUCUCCAGUGGCACACUGACCCUGCCUCUGUCCCCGAGACGCGGCAGCAUGGGGGAAAGGGACCGUGUGGUUGAGCCAGCCAGUAAAGAGGAUGCUCAGCGGCUAUGGGAGCUGGAAAGACUGUCCAUUCAGGACACUCUGAGGAAGCAGAAAAUGGAGAUGAUGGAGGACAACCAGUGGCUGGAGAAAGAGGAGAAACUGCUGGAUCCAAUGGUUCCAGAAGAUGCAAAACUAAAAACGGUGUCUGAACAGGAGACAGGCUAUGCUCAGUUUCGAGCUCCCCCGGAGAAGCCUCCCAGAGUGACCGCGCAGCCAGCUCCCACAGCAGAACUGGACCGCUCAGAGGAUCAGGUUUACCACAAUGUGAUGGAGAUGGUAAAAGUGGUGGUGCAGCUCAAGAAUGAUGUCAACACACUGCCACCCUCUGAGUAUGUUGGUGUGGUGAAGGCGGUGGGACUGACUUUGCGUAAUCUAAUCCACAGCGUAGAUGAAGUGCUCCCAAGCCUGCACGAGUCAAUCAGGACCGAGAUUGAAGGCACUCAGAAGCUGUUGAAUAAGGACAUGGCAGAGUUGAUCAGCAAGAUGCGGCUGGCCCAGCAAAACGCCAUCACCUCUUUGAAAGAUGAGUGCAAGAAGCAGAUGCUGACAGCAGCUCACACUUUGGCCAUGGACUCUAAGAACCUUCUGGAUGCUGUGGACCAGGCCCGCGUUCGAGCCAAUGUGGCAAAACCUAAACCUGCUUCUCCAGCAGAGUAGUAGAGCCACAUAUGCCAGAGAUCUGGAACAGGGGCUGUAGAUUGGCCUUUUUUGAAUUGUUCUUGCUAGAUAACAAAGAGAAGCUUUUAGUUUGUGGAAUAGUGUCUUUUAUGAUGCAUAGGUACAACCUUAUUUAUGUUUAUGUUUACUGAUAGAAAGCUGUGCUUUCUUUACAGAAUGUUUUAUAUAUUGCCUUUUUAAUUUUUAUUUGCAAACACAGACAACUGCUUGUAGGCAUUUCAAAAGUUUUUAUCAUCUGAACUGAGACUGUGAUCUUUUUGUCUUCUAUCACAUUUCAAAAAGACACGUCAUCUCCGUUGGCAAACGUAAAGACAGAUUUACAGAAAAGUGUAGCAUUUCUGUUCUGCAGUUUUAUAGUUGUUA